GGGCUGAUUGUUUCUCCAACGACAUUCUUUCUCCGGAAGCCUCCACGUCCUCUCUAAACCAUGUUUUAUUAGCAGAAGCUUCCCAGCCAAUUCCCCUGACUCCAGCCUCCGCCAGUCAGGACAUCAGUCCGCCUACCCGUGUUGUGAUUCUUUUCUGGACAUGGUCAUGACACUGCCCUUCCAGAAAACCUAAUCUCAAAUUCUUGCUUCUCACGUCGGAUUCACAAUCCACCUUGUUCUGUCUUUCUCUUUCUUGUUCCUUCCUUAACUGCUUUCUCAGUUCUCCUCUAAUUGCCCUCCUUUCUUGUUACUUUUCUAGCCCUUUCCUGAUGGGACUGGAAGACCGGUGCUUCUCUGUUGAACCAAGGAAGAAAGUGUGGUUUUGCUACCAGCCUUCAGCUAGUUGUCCUUGCAUGAAACUGCGCUCUUACCUGCUUUUCACUCAACUGUUUUGGUUUACAGGUGAUGGGCAGAAUUUGUUUACGAAAGACGUGACAGUGAUCGAGGGAGAAGUUGCGACCAUCAGCUGCCAAGUCAAUAAGAGUGACGACUCUGUGAUCCAGCUGCUGAAUCCCAACAGGCAGACCAUUUAUUUCAGGGACUUCAGGCCUCUGAAGGACAGCAGGUUUCAGUUGCUGAAUUUUUCUAGCAGUGAACUCAAAGUGUCGCUGACAAAUGUCUCGAUUUCGGAUGAAGGGAGAUACUUUUGCCAGCUCUACACUGACCCUCCCCAGGAAAGUUACACCACAAUCACAGUGCUGGUCCCACCACGCAAUCUGAUGAUCGAUAUCCAGAAAGACACCGCAGUGGAAGGCGAGGAGAUCGAAGUCAACUGCACCGCCAUGGCCAGCAAACCAGCCACGACUAUCAGGUGGUUCAAAGGGAACAAGGAGCUAAAAGGCAAAUCGGAGGUGGAGGAGUGGUCAGACAUGUACACUGUGACGAGCCAGCUGAUGCUGAAGGUUCACAAGGAGGAUGAUGGGGUCCCAGUGAUCUGCCAGGUAGAGCACCCUGCCGUGACCGGAAACUUGCAGACGCAGCGGUACCUGGAAGUACAGUAUAAGCCUCAAGUGCAUAUUCAGAUGACUUAUCCUCUACAAGGCCUAACCCGGGAAGGGGAUGCGCUCGAGUUAACAUGUGAAGCCAUCGGGAAGCCCCAGCCUGUGAUGGUGACCUGGGUUAGAGUCGAUGAUGAAAUGCCUCAACACGCCGUCCUGUCCGGGCCCAACCUGUUCAUCAAUAACCUAAACAAAACAGAUAAUGGUACAUACCGCUGUGAAGCUUCCAACAUAGUGGGGAAAGCUCACUCGGAUUAUAUGCUGUAUGUUUACGAUCCCCCCACAACUAUCCCUCCCACCACCACCACCACCACCACCACCACCACCACCACCACCAUCCUUACCAUCAUCACAGACACAGCAGCGACGACAGAGCCCGCAGUUCACGGCCUUACUCAGUUGCCCAAUUCCGCAGAAGAGCUGGACAGUGAGGACCUCUCAGAUUCUCGAGCGGGUGAAGAAGGCGCCAUCAGAGCGGUGGAUCAUGCCGUGAUCGGCGGGGUCGUGGCCGUGGUGGUGUUCGCCAUGCUGUGCUUGCUCAUCAUUCUGGGGCGCUACUUUGCCAGACAUAAAGGUACAUACUUCACUCAUGAAGCCAAAGGAGCCGAUGACGCAGCAGACGCAGACACAGCUAUAAUCAAUGCAGAAGGAGGACAGAACAACUCUGAAGAAAAGAAAGAGUACUUCAUCUAGAUCAGCCUUUUUGUUUCAAUGAGGUGUCCAACUGGCCCUAUUUAGAUGAUAAAGAGACAGUGAUAUUGGAACUUGCGAGAAAUUCGUGUGUUUUUUUAUGAAUGGGUGGAAAGGUGCGAGACUGGGAAGGCUUGGGAUUUGCUGUGUAAAAAAAAAAAAAAAAUGUUCUUUGAAAGUACACUCUGCUGUUUGACACCUCUUUUUUUUUUUUUUUUUUUGGUUGGUUGGUUGGUUUCUUAAAAUUUUCAUUUCUUCCUACCAAGUCAGACUUGGAUGCUUGGAUUUAGUUUGGGUAGAUUGCAGAAAAUUCUGUGCCUUGUUUUUUUGUUUGUUCGUUGUGUUCCUCUUUUUAAAUUUUUUUUCCUGCUGUUUCUUUCUUUCUGUUUUUUUUCCUUUGUGCGCAUUUAUUUUGCCCAAGAAUUUUGGGAUUUUUUUUUUUUUUUCCCCAAAAUCUCCCAUUUUGGAAUUUGCCUGCUGGGAUUCCUUAGAAUCUUUUUCCCCCGUAUUUUGUUGUUGUUUUUCCUUUCCUUUUUUGUCUAUUUUUUGAAGUAACUGCUUUCUGUUCAAGAUUCAGUUUCAUGAAAGGAGAACCAGCACAGUUUAGAUUUCAUAGUUCAGAAUUUAGUGUGUCCAUAAUGCAUUCUUACUCUGUCGUCGUAAAGAUUUGGGUGAACAAACAACGAGGACUCUUUGCUGCUACCCAUGUUUCAAAUACGUAGAGCAGUGAAGACUAGAAACGUAGACUGUGAUUCAGAAAAUGUUCUGUUUGCUGUGGAACUACAUUACUGUACAGGGUUACCUGCAAAGUGAGGCGUGUCACAAUGAGAUCGAAUCUGUCUUUAAUUCUGUGUCUGUAGACGGCUCAGCAUAGAGACCCCGCACUGUCCGGAAAGGUUUGGGGCGGAAGGGGCUCCUCCUUUUUCAACGCCCCAAACAGACCUGGCAGGUGAGGUCUGUUCCUUUUAUAUAAGUGGACAAAUUUGAGUUGCCACAGGAGGGGAAGUCGGGGGGGGGCGGGGAACGAUAGUCCUGCUCUGGUUAUUUCUGUUUCAAACGAUUCCAUCCACCUUUCCCAAUCGGCCAUACUUCUCACUAAUUUGUAGGAAAAAAGCAAGUCCGCGUGGUGUGUGAAUGACUGGAUGGGACAGGGUUUGGUUUUUCGGGGGUUUUUUUGGUUUGUUUUUUUUUUUGGGUUUUGGUUUUGGUUUUGUUUUUCCUUUGUGUUUAGUGAGGAAGACAGUAGGAUGUGGCCUGCAUGUACUGUAUAUUACAGAUAUUUGUCAUGCUGGGAUUUCCAACUCGAAUCCGUGUGAAACUUUCAUUCCUUCAGAUUUGGCUUGACAAAGGCAGGAGGUACAGAAGAAGGGCCGGUAUUAUUCUCACACUGGUCUGCUGUCGAUCUAGUUCUCGAAAGGUCAGAGCAGAGGUGAAAAAACAGCAUGUAGGGAUUUUCAGUUACUUAAUCAAAACUCAAAUGUGAGUGUUUUUAUCUUUUUACCUUUCAUACACUAGCCUUGGCCUCUUUCCUCAGCCUUAAGAACCAUCUGCCAAAAAAUUACUGAUCUUCGCAUGAUGGCAGCCAUAGUGCAUAGCUACUAAAAUAAGUUACCUUGAACAUAUCUUAGAUGGGGAGCCUUGGGAAAAGGUAGAGGAGUCAAGUUACCAUUUACAUUUUUUUUAAAGAAAUGUGGGGAUUUUCACUGAAACGUCUAGGAAAUCUAGAAGUAGUCCCAAAGGACGAAAACUAAACUCUUACCAUAUGUGUUGGUAAGGCUCCAGACUCCAGAAUACAGUCCCUAUGGAAAGAUGGCAUCAAAAAAAGAGAUCUAUAUAUAUAUAAAUAUAUAUUAUAUAACAUUUUCAGUGAGUAAUUUUGGAUUUUGCAAGGUGCAUUUUUACUAUUGUUACAUUAUGUGGAAAAACUUAACGCUGAUUUAUUUAAGGGGGAAAAAAAAGUAUCAACUCUUUGUUAUUUGCAAGUGUGUUGAUUUUUCUUGUCGUUGUUUUAACCUUUGAUAGAACCAUUGCAAUAUGGGGGCCUUUUGGGAACGGACCGGUAUGUAAAAGAAAAUCCAUAUUGAGCAGCGUUUUGUUUCCCUCCCCACCCCACCCCCAUCCCUAGGCACUUGACCAAGACAAAAAGCCACAACGAACAUCCCUUUUUCGAUGAAUUUUAUAACGUGCAGCUCUAUCCCGAGCCCUUUAGUGCCCAUUCUGACCAUAGUAUAACCACAUCAAAGGGUGAGAACCAUUUAGCAUGUCGUUAAAAGGUUUUUUUCAGUUGUUCUUUUUGGGGGGGGGGGGAGAAAAAACAACUACCAUUGCUCACCAAAUUGGCAUCUCAUUUUUGGGAACUUCCAUCUUUGUUUUGAAAAGUGUAUGGUAGUGCAGUGUUCCUGAUGUAACUUUCUGGCUUUUACGAUGUUGACAUGUCUCAGGUUCAUGUGUUCUGAUUGGUGUUUUUCCGUCUCAGGUAGAUUGCAAAGUGUAGGCCCCACGCAUUGGAAAAAA